AUGCCUACUCCUGUACAUGAAGUUUUUAUCGAGCACCUCAGUGAACUUUUACAGGGGGAACUGUCAUGUCUUAUGAGACGGUCAGAUAGGAAGUUCAGGUUGAGUUCUAAUACAUCCAAGUUCCUCUGGCAAGGUCAAAUCACCACUGUACCCGACUUAGCCCUCAAGUUCCAAAGCCUCAACCCUAGCACUAAGUGGCAGGACUUGUUUAUUGUUGAGGUCUCCCACUCCCAAUCACUUGGGGACGUCACCCAGAAGGUGAAAAAGUACUGGGAGGAGCUCCCCCACCUUGUUGGCAUUCUAGUGGUCAAAUUCUACAAGUCCCACAAAUAUGCAAAGCCCCAAUAUGGGUACGCUGAACCCGUCAACAUGCAGUAUUGGUACAACUUACAAAAGGACGACAAUAUCAAAUAUGGCCCUCUGAGGACAGCUGACAGCAUAACAUGGGCGGGUAGAUUUGUGGUGGAUAUGAACCUGUAUGAAAAGGACCCAAAGGUUGUAGGGAAGGAGGGCUAUGCACGGGAUCUUCCUACGUUCGUAGUACUGAGGGUGGUACCUAAUAUAGAUGUGGGCCAACUCUAUCCCACUCAAGCCCAGAAAGAUGAAUUCAACAAAGUUUUCAAUCGUGUGAUUACCAGGUCAAUUUUGGAGAUGGAGAAGAUUAUGAGGAGUGCACUCCAGACUGUCACUAACCUAGAAGCUGAAAGUGCAGCUGCUCAGAUAGCAGCGCUAGAGGUUGCUACCCAGGAUUUGAUAGCAAACUGCACUGGUUGUCCUCUUCAGACUGGUACCCAUUCGCGCACACCCACUACUACUCUACCUACUCCCCAUUUGCACCCCCAAGUAUUGCCUAAAGAGAUAUCUCCUAUUGAUCUCUCAGUCUUCAAUAUCCAGCUGGAUUUUGACAAUUUUCUUCAGGCUUUUCAAGGAUCUGUAGCUGAUCUGGCACAUAGAUGUUUUCAGGAUCAUUAUAAUGCCCCCCGAAGUCAUGCUAAGGCAGCUAGAAGAAGGAGUCCUUUUCACUCUGAAGAAGAAGUGGGUUGGCUUGUUCAACAGAAAUUGGGUAUAGGUAGCUCCAGCAACAAUGUCACAAGGAGGAAGUGA